ACAAUUCCGCCAUAAGGGCGAUCGUCUGACGGUGGGGUGUAUAAGUAAACAUUCAUGUUAUGAUUUAAAAGUAUUAUUUUGUUCAGUCUUACUGUCUUAUGUUAGUAUCAAAUAAAAUGUGUGUUAGUUUUCAACAAUUUCGCUCUUUAUUCAUUUUUUAAACUGUACUUUCACUUUCGGUUGUAUAACAACAUGUAUCCUUUUUUGACGAAAGUUUGCAUUGAAAUAUCGUUUUCAAAACCGCCUAAAAAGUUUCAGAAGGUGUGUCUGAUGCAUGUUUUGAAUAGACACAAUGUCAUAGCUAUAUUGCCGACUAGUAUUGGAACAAUUUGAUAUUUCAAGUGGCUCCAUUUGCAUUGCAAGAGAAGUUCUAGUUCUGGCUACCAUAACUUUAAAUGUCGCUUGUUAUGAUUUUUGACUGGCGCGACUUUAUAGUUAUGGACCUACCCCAUUAGGAAAGUCAACCAGAAAUUCCCGAAAAGUUUACAGUUAACAAAGACAGGUCCAAAACAGCUUUUAUAUGCAGUUAUUGGCCCAAAUCAACCACUUGAUCGGAAAGAUUAACAUUUUUCACAUUUUACUGAUAUAUUCUUUCACAAAAUACUAUCUUAAACAUUUAAAAUUUAUCUAUUCUGCUCUUACAUAUCAAGAAAAACAGCGAUGUGACAGACUUUCUUGAAAUGCAAAUCUCCCGAGAUUUCACGGUCAUAUGACGUUAUUUCUAUUUUUAGUAACAUACCAUGUGCUCAAGUGUUUUCAAAUUCAGAAUGACAUUUCCCGGUAUUUUAGAUUACUCUGGCUUGUUUUGUAAACAAAUUGUAGUGUUAAUACAAACUCAAAGUAAAUAUUAUUUAAAACUACCUGAUUCACACUGAAAUCAGUCUAAUAAUCCACCAUACGUAAGUUGUUAAUAACAAAUAAUAGAUUUCAGAAAACGAAAGUAAUGUUUACAAUUUCAGCAAAAAAUGUCAAGGUCGAUCCGAAAGUAUCCAAAUGAAAACUCGUCACGUGACAAAGCGACAAUGGUAGCAGGCUCUUUCGGCCCCAAGCUCUUUCGGCCCAGACCGAAAUUUCAGGCUUUUUCGGCCCCAAGCUCUUUCGGCCCAAAUCGACCAGGCUUUUUCGGCCCUAUAUUUUAUAUGGAAAUCUAACAAAUUCUGUUAUAGAUGACCUGCUUAGCAGACUCCAGCAGUCAAACCGCUGGUUCGUCGACGGCACGUUCCACGUCGUCCGGAAGCCCUUUUAUCAGCUUCUAUCCGUGCACGCAUUCCUACGACACGAGGAUUGUCUGAAGCAGGUGCCUUUACUCUUCGUGUUGAUGUCACGCAGAAGGAAGGUUGGCUGAACGCGCGACGUCAAUGGAGACUGAAGCUGUGUUCUCCUACAUUCAGUCCACCUGGCUUGACAGUUCAAUCUGGGCACCGGAAGAGUGGUCUGUGUACCGACAGACUGUCAGAACGAACAACGACACAGAAGGGUGGCACCGUCGGUUGAGUUUGAAGGCAGCGGACCACAAGUGCUCCUUCUAUGUCUUGGUACCUCUCCUGCGGCGCGAGGCUGAGUACCUGCCAGUGCAGGCCCAGCUGGUGCGAGAGGGAACCGGGCGGGUCCGACGCAACGUCUAUGUAAAUCUUGACGAGCAGCUUGGCCAGCUAUGGGAAGAAUACGACCAUCGGGAACUGACCACCGAGGAUUUCCUCACCAAGAUCGGGGAGACGUAUGCGUUCUAAAUCGUCGCCUCUUGAUGAUGAUGAUGAUGAUAAUCCUGUGAUAUAUAAACCUAUCACCACAUGAUGAUGAUUAUCACGUUACGUUGAUGAUAAUUAUGACGAAUAUUAUUAUUAUUAUGAUGAUGAAUAUGCUGUAAUUAUUAAGUUACAAAUAAAUUAGGCAAUUAUAAUGAUGAUGACGAUUAUUAUUAGAGUGAUUCUUUUGAUGCUGAAGAUUAUUAUGCUACUGCAGACUAUGGUGUAUUUUUGCUGUAUGUAUGCUGUUUUUAUGCUGAUAAUUAUAAUGCUGAUGAUUUAAAUGCUGAUGUUUCUUAUGCUGAUUAUUAUGAUGAUGAUAAUUCUGAUGAUCAUUAUUAUUAUGCUGAUGAUUGUGACUCUUAUGAUGAAUGAUGAUGAUUAAUAUUUAUAUGAUGAUUAUUAUGAUGAUCUAAUUGCAUUAUUGAUAAAAUAAACAACUUGUGUGCAGUAAAUUAUGUAGUAUGUAAUUAGGUUAAAUUAAUGUAUUGUGUUGUUAAGACGUAUGUAUUCCUUAUUGUUAUAACUUUAAAAUUAUCCAAAUAAAUGUGAUAUAAAUUAUUUUAUAGUUUGUUUUAUUUUCAAAG